UAUGAUACGAUACAUAGCACGCUUCUGAAAAAGAAAAUAGGAAAUAUAACACUUUUUCGUGUGUGGAUUUAUUUUUCUAUCUACUCAUGUUCUGUAUCAUUUCCACACCUUGUGUAUGUACUUCACACAGGCGCUCAUGUGAUACCCUUGGAGGAGGAAGGCUACUGGGGAUCACCGUGUAGUUCCAGCGAAUCCCUCGAGCACCGAGAUGAGUAUUCUCCCGGCCAGACUGUCCUAUCGUCACAAUCGGGACCGGAGGGAUCGUCCCCGUAUGGCAGCAGUCAGUAUCAUCACCAUCACCACCACAGUCAGCAAGUUUACUGUCCCGUCGAGUAUGAGAAAUCAAGUUACAUUUGUGAUGAGGGUUAUUACGGAGCAACAACAACAACCAACACAAGUGGCGGAUCGCUGUCAUCGGUGAAUGCUUCCAGUGCAAUAGUUUCCGGAAGCGUUCCAGUGGUGCGGGUAGUCAAAAGGCGCAACACGGCCAACAAGAAAGAACGCAGACGUACCCAAAGCAUCAACUCGGCUUACACCUCCUUGCGGGAUCGUAUCCCCAAUGUUCCAAACGAUACAAAACUUUCAAAGAUCAAAACACUCCGACUAGCCAUCUCAUACAUCGCGCAUCUAUUGGCGGUCGUAAACGGCAACCAAGAUCCGUCCUGUGACUUCCGAGCGGAACUUGUUCCCUCCUCAAGAAAAAUAAACGCGGAACGAAGGGCGCAGAAAAGCAUGCUACAAAACCUGGCCAACGAGGGAAAGAAAAUCAAAGGCAGAACCGGAUGGCCGCAGCACGUUUGGGCGUUGGAAACCAAGACCACCAUCAAGUAAAAUAUCUUAGAAAUGCGCAUUUGCCGAGAUCCAAAGUCCUUUAAAAUUUCAACUCUAUUGAACGUGAAUCCGUGAUAUUGUACUCUUCCUUUGUUUCUGAACCAGUGAUAUAAAUAUGUAAAUAGGUAUGCAAUAUGAUGUUUAGUAUCUUAAAUUAUUGCCACCAGAAAAAUGAAUAAAAAUUCCGAGUGCUUAA